UGAGGUUGCAGGCCAUUUCUGUCUGUGGUUGCAUACCUUCAGUCCUGUGGGCAUGUGAGGACAUGCAGUUUUUCAGAAGACUUGUUAAACUAAUGUAACACCAGUUUAGAGGUAAGAGAUUCCUGGCCAUCAUGGACUUAAAGAAGAAUAUUUCACUGGCCAAUAAGGUUAUCACUGGUAGCCAGGAAAGUGUCUACAGCAGUAUUAGUAUUUAUUUAACUAAAAUGGCUACAGCGAAGUGUAAUGAAUCGGCAGUUAUUUUGGCAUGAAGAGGAAACAUUUCUCUCCUGUAGAAAAUUAUUAGUGCUUUCUCUCAGUACUUUAAAAUGGAACUGGACCUUAAUCUGGUCCCAUGAGAGAAUGUUUUGUCUGGUAUAGAGAAACCCUGAUGCCUGAGUGUAGUCCAUGCUUAAUGAACAAACUAUUGUAAUGUUGACACUUCUUGCACAUCACUUGGUGCAAUGUUGCCUUCCUCACAAUCCUCAGAUGUAAUGAUUAGUUAUCUGGUCUGGUGAACCUUCAUUCUAGUAUACAUUAUAAAUGUAACCAUUAGCUCAGAUUUACUAGGUAAAUAUGUCUGCAAUGUCCUUCACAAUGUGUGCUGUUAUGGCUGCUUCAUGAAGGGUGUCACUGGCUCCCUCUGCAGGAGGGAAAAUGGUCAGUGAGAGCUUAAGGUUUACUGUAUGAUAACCACUUUAUCUAAAUAAAUCAUUCUUACUCUUUUGAUGGAUAAUGCAUGCAACAUGUCCGUCUGGCAUAAACUAAAGUUAAUUUAAUUGCUAGGCAAAAUUAUUUAGUUAAUUUAAUAUCAUGUGCACUGUCUUACAGUGGGUCAGUGCAAUGUUUGGGUGUGUUAACAAGGAGGUUCUAUGUCACUUAAUUCCUUCAAAGCCACUUUUGUGAAAGAAAAAAACACACAACCAACUCACAUUUCAUGUUACAAAGUGCAACUAAUUAGCAUACUUAUACUUGAUUACGCCCUGUGGUAUGUCAAAGCAAGUAUCAUUGCCUUUUACUGAGAUACUCAACAACAUUCACAACAGCAGCCAGACAUAGAAGACAGAAAUGUGUGAAUAAAUCAUGAAAAUGCAAGGAGUAUUCUUACAAAAUACCUAGAGAAAUAUGUCUGUUUAGAUUUUUAUUUUUUAUCCAGAGUUCCUAUAAAUCAUGGAAUUUCAAGAAUAUCAUGGAAUUUUGAUAAAGUCUAUUCCAGACAUGAAAAGUAAGGGAAAGUUGUGGAAUAUUAGGGUAUUGUAUUGUAGCAGUUAGAAAUGUUCUUGCCAAAAUACAUGAGAUUUAACAUUUGACCUAGAGUGGGAACCCUGUUUAUCACUAUCAAAGUCAGGGCUUUAUCUCCAAUUCCAGCUGGAUUUGGAAAAGAGCAGGUUGCUUUUUUUUUUUUUUUUGUCUAUUUGAGAAAUGUGUGGGUCUUUUAUGGUUCCUUUGUCGCAUAAAGAUUUGUACAUACUGAAAGAGGUAUGCACAAAUAGACGUGUAUUUGUAAAUACACAAACACAAAUAUACAAAUGUAACAUACAAAUAUAUAAAGUAAUUAGUCUUCACCUGAUCUCUCACCUUCAUACAGUCAUUUGGUGUACUGUUAUAUAUUUACAAUUUAUUCAUCUUACACCAUAAUGACUCCAUGUUAAGAUGCUGUAAAAUUUAGAUGUAAAUUUGGUAAUGUACUGGAAACACAGUAAUAUUUUUGAUGCUUGUUUUUCUUAAAUAUUCUCCUCAUGAGAAUGGCACAUCUGUUAUAUUAGUUCAGUUUGCCAAAAUUAUCACCAUCAAUAUGAGAAUGGUCCAUCUGUUUAAGUUUGGCCUUGCACUUUCUGUAUUAAAAGAUGAGGAAAGGUUCAAAACUUGUAGAACGAGCAGAGAUAGAGCAGCAAAACAGAGAAGUCCAAAAAAGGUUACGUUUUCAUUCUGACAAUAACAAAAAUUUUAAAAAAUUGUAUGUGUUUUUAUCAAGUUGUUUCAUAAUCUUACAAUUUUACAGUUUAUUUAUUCUUGUUUAAUAUGGUCUUGAUAUUGAAAUAACACUAUGUAUACUUUCAAUAUGCUAGCCAUCUUUCCUUCACUGGAUAAACAGCUGUUACUGAAAGUAUUCAUUACUAUUACGGUUUUCAUUUAGGUAACAUAUAACCAUGCCAUUCCCCCUACCCAUACUCCUCUUCUUAAGCCACUUGGGUGUCAUCCACACCUGUCGCACAGGGACUCUACAGGAGUGCCACGAUGCACCAUUCGUCCCAGGCCACAACCUUGCGGGAGAGGGGUUUGAUGUGGUUACGAUGCAGCACAAAGGAGCCUAUGUGCUGGACCUCCAGACAUACCUGACCCCAACAAACACCUGCACCCUAUGCGAGAACCCACAUCAGGGGGACCAGCUGCAGAAACUGCCUCUUUCUGUGCUGGACUGGCGCCAUAACACCAACUGUAAGCAGGAGCUGACCAGUGCAUUGCUCAGCUCUGUCACUAAUGUGGCAGAGAGUACCACCUCUGCCAUAAAUAAUGAUUGGAGCAUAGGGCUGGACCUGGGUGAUAUGGGGGACGUGAAUGUCGGGGGCAGCCAUUCCAAUGCUGUGGAAUAUGCCAUGGCCCAGUCUAGAAUAGACAAGUCAGCCUUUACUUCUCACCAACUCAGCUGUACCCAUUACAGUUACCGUGUCCCAAACUUUCCUCUUCUCAACCCAGAGUUUCUUAACCAUGUGCAGUCUCUUCCAGCCCAGUACACUACACUAACUCAGCACCACUACAGUCGGUUUGUUGACACGUACGGCACCCAUUACAUCCGGCAGGUGGAACUUGGAGGGCGUCUGACCCGACUCACCUCCAUCCGCUCCUGUCUUGCUAGUGUAAAUGGUCACUCUUCUUCCCAAGCAAAGGACUGCAUCAAUACUGGGCUUUCCAUCGGCCUGGGCUACGUUGAGCCAUCAAUGACAACCAGCAAGUGCAGCUCACUUCUACAGAAUAGCAACUCCCAAAUAGAGUCAGAGCUAUCUUACUUGAACCAUGUUACAGAAGUGGUGGGUGGAGAUGGGUGGUUUGGAGAGGUGUCACUCUCCAAGAAUGAUUCUGCUGAGUUCAGAAGCUGGCUGCAGAGCUUGAAGGAAAUCCCUGACAUUGUCUCCUACUCUCUGUUUCCACUCCAUGAGCUGGUAGCUGACCUUACUGUUAGGAGAAAUUUGAAAAAUGCAGUGAGGCUGUAUCUUAGGAACAAUGCUUUGCCUAAGGAGCAGCCUUCAGAGCAGUGCACUGGCCAGCCCAACCUUUCCCCUGAAUGUUGCCCACUGUCCCCGAUGAAGGGAAAGCUUAGUGUGAGCAUCCACAACGCCUGGGGUAUGGGGUCUGGUUUGGAUCCUAUUGGACCACCUGACCCUUAUGCCAAAUUGUCCUACUGGCAUAUUCGCCAUCAGACUCACCAUGUCCAAGACAAUGCUAACCCCCACUGGAACGCCCAUUAUUCUCUUGGUCAUGUGGAAGCUACACAUGCGCUUAGAAUUGAAGUGUGGGACAAUGACUUGCAACAUGACGACAAUCUUGGAGGCUGCAGCGUCGGGCUGCAUGAGGGCUCUCACACACAUUCUUGUGGGCUUGAUAAGGGAGGGGGGUUCUCUUUUUCCUAUACUCUUACCUGUGACAAAUACCUUACGGGGUAUCAGUGUUCUCAAUACAAGGCGAGCCAGGUAGAAACAACUGAAGAGGGAAAAUAA